CCGGAAGUGGGCUCAGCGCCUCCACGUGCCGUCCCUCCCCCCUCCCGGCUGGUAGCUGCGGCUCAGCCGCUGCCAUGGAGCUCGCCGGCCUGGAGGCGAUCCUAGGAGAACUGCUGUUGCCCGACACCGUGCGCAUCCGUCAGGCCACUGAACAGCUACGGAUCGCCCUUCGUGACCCCGCCGCCUUACCAGGGCUCUGCAACCUGCUGGCCUCCGCUGGCAACCCUCAGAUCCGGCAGUUCGCAGCCGCGCUGACCCGUAGACUAGUGAGCUCUCGCUGGCGACGCCUGCCAUUGGAACAGCGGGAGAGCCUCAAGUCUCUGGUCCUGGCAGCCCUGCAGAGAGAGACAGAGCACUGUGUGAGCCUCAGCCUGGCACAGCUCUCAGCCACUAUUUUUCGGAAAGAAGGCCUGGAGGCCUGGCCUCAGCUCAUGCAGCUUCUUCAGCACAGUACUCACAGCCCCCAGAUCCCUGAGAGAGAGGUGGGGCUUUUGUUGCUGAGUGUGGUGGUGACUUCCCAGCCUGAGGCCUUCCAGCCUUACCACCGAGAGCUUCUUCAGCUUCUGAAUGAAACUCUUGUCGAAGUGGGCUCUCCUGGGCUAUUGUUUUACUCACUGCGCACUCUGACCACGAUGGCUCCCUACCUCAGCACUAACAACACGCCUCUUGCACGGAUGUUGGUGCCCAAGCUCAUUGUGGCUGUGAAGGCUCUGAUCCCCAUAGAUGAGGUAAAGGCCUGUGAGGCUCUGGAGGCCCUGGAUGAACUGCUGGAUUCACAGGUGCCCAUCAUUACCCCACACCUCUCUGAGGUUGUGUCAUUCUGCCUGGAGGUGGCUAGAAAUGUGGCCCUGGGUGAGGCAAUACGUGUGCGUAUUCUCUGCUGCCUCACUUUCUUGGUCAAAGUCAAGAGCAAGGCCUUAAUGAAAAAUCGUCUUCUGCCUCCUUUGCUGCACACCCUUUUCCCCAUUAUGGCUGCUGAGCCCCCGCUGGGCCAGUUGGAUCCAGAGGACCAGGAUUCUGAAGAGGAAGAACUGGAGAUUUGGCUGGUGGGGGAGACUCCCAAGCACUUUGCUGUACAGGUUGUGGACAUGCUGGCACUACACCUCCCCGCUGAGAAGCUCUGUCCCCUGCUCAUGCCCAUGCUGGAAGAGGCCUUGCGGAGUGAGAGUCCUUAUCAGCGCAAGGCUGGGCUACUGGUGUUGGCUGUGCUGUCGGACGGGGCUGGUGACCACAUCAGGCAGAGACUGCUGCCCCCACUGCUGAAGAUUGUGUGUAAGGGCUUGGAGGACCCUUCGCAGGUUGUUCGUAAUGCUGCGCUGUUUGCCUUGGGUCAGUUCUCAGAGAACCUACAGCCCCAUAUCAACAGCUACUCAGGAGAGGUGAUGCCACUGCUCCUGGCCUAUCUGAAGUUGGUGCCUCUGGGGCAUACACACCAUCUAGCCAAGGCCUGCUAUGCCCUGGAGAACUUCGUGGAGAACCUAGGGCCCAAAGUGCAGCCCUACCUUCCGGAGCUUAUGGACUGUAUGCUUCAGCCUUUGAGGAACCCCAGCAGCCCCCGGGCCAAGGAGCUGGCUGUGAGUGCCCUGGGGGCCAUCGCCACAGCUGCCCAGGCCUCCUUGCUGCCCUACUUCCCCAGCAUUGUGGAACAUCUUCGAGAAUUCCUCUUGGCAGGACAUGAAGACCUUCAGCCUGUACAGAUCCAGAGCCUAGAAACACUGGGGGUGCUGGUACGAGCAGUGGGGGACCCCAUGAGACCUCUGGCUGAGGAAUACUGUCAGUUGGGGCUGGCCCUGUGUAGCCAGGUAGACGACCCUGACUUACGACGCUGCACAUACAGCCUAUUUGCAGCCUUAUCGGGGCUGAUGGGUGAGAGCCUGGCAUCCUACCUGCCACAGAUCACCACGCUCAUGCUGUUGUCACUGCGUUCCACUGAGGGCAUUGUGCCUCAGUAUGAUGGAAGCAGCUCCUUCCUUCUGUUUGAUGAUGAGAGCGAUGGGGAGGAAGAGGAGGAACUCAUGGAUGAGGAUACAGAAGAGGAGGAUGACUCUGAGAUCUCAGGGUACAAUGUGGAGAACGCCUUCUUCGAUGAAAAGGAAGACACCUGUGCUGCCCUGGGGGAGAUCUCUGUGAACACUAGUGUGGCCUUCCUUCCAUACAUGGAGAAUAUUUUUGAAGAAGUGUUCAAGCUGUUGGAGUGUCCUCACCUGAAUGUGCGGAAGGCAGCCCAUGAGGCUCUGGGUCAGUUCUGCUGUGCACUCCACAGGGCGUGUCAAAGCUGCCCCUCAGAACCCAACAGUGCUGCUCUGCAGGCUGCUCUGGCACGGGUGAUACCAUCUUACAUGCAGGCAGUGAAUGGGGAACGGGAGCGCCAGGUGGUGAUGGCCGUGCUGGAGGCCCUGACGGGAGUGCUGCACAACUGUGGGGCCCUCACACUGCAGCCACCUGGGCGCCUUGCUGAGCUCUGCAGCAUGCUCAAGGCUGUGCUACAGAGAAAGGUAGCCUGUCAGGACACUGAUGAGGAAGAAGAAGAUGACAAUCAGGCGGAAUACGAUGCCAUGUUGCUGGAGCACGCUGGAGAGGCCAUCCCUGCCCUGGCAGCUGCAGCUGGGGGAGACACCUUUGCUCCUUUCUUUGCUGGCUUCUUGCCAUUUUUGCUAUGUAAGACGAAACAGAGCUGCACAGUGGCAGAGAAGUCCUUUGCAGUAGGGACACUGGCAGAGUCCAUUCAGGGUCUGGGUGCUGCCUCAGCACAGUUUGUAUCCCGGCUGCUCCCUGUGCUAUUGAGCUCGGCCCAAGAGGCAGAUCCUGAGGUGCGAAGCAAUGCCAUCUUUGGGCUGGGUGUCCUGGCAGAGUUCGGGGGCCGCCCUGCUCAGGACCACUUCCCCAAGCUGCUGGGCCUCCUUUUGCCCCUCCUGGCACGUGAGCGACAUGAUCGUGUCCGUGACAACAUCUGUGGAGCUCUUGCCCGCCUAUUGAUGGCCAGUCCAACAAGGAAACCAGAGCCCCAGGUGCUGGCUGCCUUGCUGCAUGCCCUGCCACUGAGGGAAGACUUGGAGGAAUGGGUCACCAUAGGGCACCUCUUCAGCUUCCUGUACCAGAGCACCCCUGACCAGGUUGUGGAUGUGGCUCCAGAUCUCUUGCGCAUCUGCAGCCUCAUACUACCUGACGACAAGAUCCCACCAGACACCAAGACCGCACUGCUGCUGCUGCUGACAUUCCUGGCCAAACAGCACGCUGACAGCUUCCAUACAGCGCUGAGCUUACUCUCUGCUGACAAGGCUCAAGAGCUCCAGGCCAUUCUGAGCCUCACCUAAACUUCAGAGAGAGCUGAGCCUGCCCAGGCCAUAAGACCACCUCUCGCCCAGUUCCAGCUCACACCUUACCAAAGAUUCUGGGCCUCAUCUCCAUUUGGAGCCAGCCCUGCUUGCUGCCUUACAUGGGUGUCGUUGGGGUUGGGUCGGUUACAAGUAGAGUCAUGCUAUCAGAUUGUAAUAAAAGCAGU